AUGGCUGUAUCUGAUAGAACAUUGUACUUAUUACUGGCUAUUAUUCCUCUUAUAUCGGCUGCGUCGGUCGAUAUUACCAAUCAAGCUGCUGGAAGUGACGAAUUACCUAAAAGUGGUUUCAGUUCAUUCAUAAUGGCCAUUUCUAUGAUUGGUAUCUCCGAAAUCGGUGAUAAAACAUUCCUAAUUGCUGCGUUGAUGGCUAUGCGUCAUCCAAGAUGGGUAGUAUUCUCUUCGGCUGCUUCAUCUUUAAUCGUCAUGACUGUUUUGUCCGGUGUAGUUGGCCAUACGUUUGUUUCUUUCAUCCCACAACGUUAUACCUCAUUUGCUGCAGGUAUACUGUUCCUAUUAUUCGGUUACAAGUUAACUAUGGAAGGUUUAGAAAUGUCAAAGGAUGCUGGUGUUGAGGAAGAAAUGGCCGAAGUUGAAGAAGAAAUUGCUAUUAAGGAUAUGAACAAGGGAAUGAACGAUAUCGAAGCUGGUGGUGCUGUAAGCGAUAAGAUGGCUAAAAACCAAUCUGUUGUCAACAUGACCUUACAAAAAAUCAACAACCUUGCCUCUUUAGUCUUUUCGCCAGUUUGGAUUCAAAUCUUUGCUAUGGUUUUCUUGGGUGAAUUUGGUGAUCGUUCUCAAAUUAGUAUUAUUGCCAUGGCUUCCGAUAACAAUUACUGGUACACUAUUUUCGGUGGUGUUGUUGGGCAUGCUAUUUGUACCGCGUUUGCUGUUAUCGGUGGCAGAUUCAUUGCUACCAAAAUCAGUAUGAGAACGGUCACUUUAGGAGGUGCCUUCUUCUUUUUUAUAUUUGCAUUGGUUUAUAUCUGGGAUGCUUUCCAAUGA